UUGUAGUUGACAUCUGGUCGAUUUUAGACAAAUUGUGCACACGCAGUUAACUAUUUAUUUUGUUGUGGUUGGUCAUAUUAAAUCAAAUAGACGUUUUAGGAAAAUUAAAGUGUUUCAGACCACAAACAAGAAUACAUUUGGAAAUUCGCUACAGUGGGACAACUGUGGCCCAAAUUAUUGGAUUCGCAAGCGGAAUCGGAAUCGCAGCGCUGACCGGAGCUGAGCUGAGCUGACGAGGCAAACUCGAUAGAUAGGCAAAAAGUGAUAUUGGGUAUUUGUUUAUACCAAGUGAUAGCCAUUUGUGGAAGUGAUCUGAUCGAAAUGGAUAUGAUUACCAUUGGACAGAGCGUUAAAAUCAAACGCACUGAUGGGCGCGUUCAUGCGGCCGUCGUGGCCAUGAUCAAUGCGUCCGGCAAGUGCAUAACAGUCGAGUGGUACGAGCGCGGCGAAACCAAAGGCAAGGAGGUGGAACUAGAGGCCAUACUCACACUGAAUCCCGAACUGACGCAGGAGGCUGUCGAGCAGCAUGCGGCCCCGGAGCCAAAGAAGCAGGCCACUGCCCCAGUGAAUCUGGCCCGCAAUCCCACACAAUCGAACAUCUCUGGCAACCUCACCAGUCGCAUGACCCUGGUCGGCAAUCAACUGAACAAGAUACACGAGACGCACCCGACCAUCAGCUCGGGCAAUGCUAAUUCGAAUGCCACCACGGGCGGCACCACUGCAGCGUCGACCAAUUCGGGGCUGCAGCGUCCACGAUUCACACAGGCCACCGGUAGACAGCAGCAGACACGCAGUGCCACGGCGCCCAUCACAGCGUCCGCCCAAGUGACGGCUGGUGCGCAGGCCAGCCAAUCCACAACCAAUACAGUGGUCAACAAUAGCACACAGAGCAGCAUUGGCGGUGUCGCUGGAGGUGCGCGUCGUUCGCACGCCCUCAAGGAGGUGGAGCGUCUAAAGGAGAACCGCGAGAAGCGUCGAGCACGCCAGGCUGAGCUGAAGGAGGAGCAAAAAGCACUGCAGAACCAGGACCCAGGCAAUCCCAACUGGGAGCUAGCGAAUAUGAUACGCGAAUAUCAGAAUACGUUGGAGUUUAUACCUCUGCUCGAUGGUCAGGCGGUGGACGAUCACCAGAUCACGGUCUGUGUGCGCAAGCGUCCACCCAGCCGAAAGGAGCUCAAUCGCCGUGAGGUCGAUGUCAUAUCGGUGCCCCGCAAGGACUUGAUGAUUGUCCAUGAGCCGCGCACCAAGGUCGAUCUCACCAAGUUCCUUGAACAUCACAAAUUUCGCUUUGACUACGCUUUCAACGAAUCGUGUGACAAUGCCAUGGUGUACAAGUACACAGCCAAGCCGCUGGUGAAGACUAUUUUUGAGGGAGGAAUGGCGACAUGCUUUGCCUAUGGCCAGACUGGAUCUGGCAAGACCCACACCAUGGGCGGGGAGUUUACUGGAAAAAUACAGGACUGCAAGAACGGCAUCUAUGCCAUGGCCGCCAAGGAUGUGUUCGCGACACUCAAUACACCGCGUUAUCGCACCAUGAAUCUAGUCGUUUCGGCCUCGUUCUUUGAGAUUUACAGUGGCAAGGUAUUCGAUCUGCUGGCUGAUAAGCAGAAGCUGCGCGUGCUGGAGGAUGGCAACCAGCAGGUGCAGGUGGUCGGACUCACUGAGAAGGUGGUGGACAGCGUUGAGGAGGUGCUAAAGAUCAUCCAGCUGGGCAAUUUGGCACGCACCUCGGGGCAGACAUCGGCCAAUGCGAACUCAUCGCGAUCGCACGCCGUCUUCCAAAUUGUCUUGCGUCCAAUAGGCACCACAAAGAUCCACGGCAAGUUCUCGUUCAUUGAUUUGGCGGGCAAUGAGCGGGGUGUGGACACCUCGUCGGCCGAUCGCCAGACACGCAUGGAGGGAGCGGAGAUCAAUAAGUCGCUGCUGGCACUCAAAGAGUGCAUCCGAGCAUUGGGCAAACAGUCGGCCCACUUGCCGUUCCGUGUCUCGAAGCUCACGCAGGUGCUGCGCGACUCGUUCAUUGGAGAGAAGAGCAAGACUUGCAUGAUAGCCAUGAUCUCGCCGUGCAUCAAUUCCUGUGAGCACACGCUCAACACGCUGCGCUACGCGGAUCGUGUCAAGGAGCUGGUGGCCCCCAAUGUCCAGGAGAUGGGACCCUGUGGCGAUGGCAAUGAUCCCAUGGAUGACAAUGAUAUCGAAAUCAUGGACGAUGACGAUGAGGAGGAGCAGGAGAAUAAUCCGGUGCGCAAGCCAGACAUCCGUUCACACAAUCAGCGCAAUGUUCCCAUAUCUGCGGGCAUUCAUAACAAUAAUAAUAACAACAACAAGAAUGGGAAUGCCGGCAACACGGAUCUGGCACUAUUAAGUUCGCUGAGCGAACACGAAAUGUCACAGGAGCUGAUCACACAGCACGAGGCCAUUGAGGAUUUGCAGCAAACAGAGGAAAUGGUUGUGGAAUUCCAUCGAUCGGUGAAUGCCACACUGGAGACCUUCCUGGGCGAAUCAAAGACGCUGUAUACUCAAACAAAUUAUGUGAACUAUGAUCAGGAGGACUAUUGCAAGCGCGGUGAAUUGAUGUUUUCCCAACUGAUGGAUAUUGCCACCCAGUGCCGUGACAUGAUGUCUGAAUAUCGCCUUAAGUUGGCCAAAGAAGAGAUGCUCUCCUGUAAAUAUAGUCCAAACAGCCAGCGCUAGAACAUUUUGACUAGCAAAAAACCUCCUCCCCACACGAUCCACAUUUACACCAUCACCAUCACCGCCACCGCCCCACUACUAACAAUCAUCCGGCAACAUUUUUAAAUUGUUUUCCUCACGUCACAUCAAUGUGACCGCCCCGAAUUUUUGUCAAGAAUCACACGAAUGGCAUAACGCCUCCGCAGACCAGUUCCCUUACCCUUUAACCCUUUCUCUGCCCGAAAGAAAAUGUGAUCCGAGAAGGCAGACUCUACUCUACUCCAAAAAAAAACGUUGCAUGAACAGCAGAACAGAACUGAAGGCUGCUGCGGAUGAGGUCAAAUGUGUUCCGCCUACGCAAGGGAAAGGGCGUGGAGGACACACGCCACAAACACACAGACGCACAGAUGUGCACCCACUCGCAGAAUCAAUUGUUGGAUAUUACAUUUUUUUUUGUGCGGCAGUUCAACUAUUGUGUAGCGCUUAGCUUUAAAUAAAAUGUCCCUAUAUUGUUAAAGAAGUUCAUGAAUUCAUUAUUUGUACCCGCAAAAAGGAGACGUCUCGUUCCAAAUCAUUCGCUCAUCCCAACCAUUUAGCCGUCACGUUUCGCUCUCUCAACUCAUUAACCGCCAUUCUCUUUUAAGCUGCUUUGCUCUCUCGUGAGAUGAGAGAAGUACCGGCAUUCUUACUAAGCUUUACCGUUCAUUCAAUUGAUGUUGACGUUGAAUGGAGGGGAAGGCUGGAAGAGGCUGAAAGCGGUUGACAGUUUAACAGUUAAUUACCGAACAGUAAAACCACACAAUACAAAACCAACCAAGCACACACACACAACACCAACAACGAUUUAAUAAGCAAGAUAUUUUCAGUUUGGUUCUCAUUGAUUUUAUGCGAUACUUUUAUAAAUGAAAGAAAAAGACAUUUACAUACUAUAACUGAAAACUUACUAUUAUGAGAUUCCAUUUACAUUAUAAAUUAAUUACCUGAUAAAGAACUCUACAUAGUUUUUGUUGUGUUCUUUUUGAUUGAUUGGAGAGUCCUGUCCUCUCUGUAGCGCCGCGGCACAAAUCAAUGACAUUUAACUAUUAUGGACUAGUUGCGUAUAGUAUUUGUAAUUAUUUAAAGGCCACAAAACUGUAUUUAAUUUGUAUUAAUUUAUUGUGAGUACUACCUACCACUCAAACUACUACUACGACAGCACCAAUACCAAUCUACCAGAGUAUUCCCACUCCCAUUCACCCUAACCUUAAUGAUAUUUAUCCUUUUUUUAUAUUUACUAUAUAUUACUAUUAUAUUAAUUUUGUUUUCAAACUGAUUUAUAUUCUUUGCCUGAGAAAUAUUUAGACUAUGUUUAAUUUUCCUCUUACCCGCUGUCCUCAUUUCUGGUAUGAGUAAUUUAUGUUUAAUGGAUUAUAUUUUUUUUUUGUUUUUUUUUUUGUAUGUGCGUGUGAAAAGAAUUUAAAAUGCACUUGACCGCGUGGCUCAUUUGAUUUUUGAGAAAUUUGAAUUUGCAUUUCAUUUUGUACUAAUAUUUAUUUCGUAUGUUUAACUAAUUUUACACGACACGACUAAAAAGGAUAACGAAAACAAAAGAAACGGGAACAUAACCAAUCCACAGAUUUACAGGCACUGCCUGCACUGCUUACUCGUAGGCAAACAAACAAAAACCAAAAGCAAAUCAACACGAAUGAAAAACACAAAGCAAAAACACCGUAGCCUUAAAUACGCGAAACGACACUUUAAGCAAGAGAAAAAAAACAUCAGAAAUUAAAAAAGUAACGAAACAAAACGAAUAUUGAACAACAAACAUACACAUACUCACUUCACGUGCUUGCUCCCAAAGGUUUUUAUAUACGAUUUAAACAAAACCUUUUAUAUAAAGUUGUACUUUUUUUCAUUAUUAUUAUUAUUAAUGGCAAUUUACUACAGAAUUCCCCUUCAACUAGAGUCGAAUGAUGACAAAUUCCUUUUGUAAUUCACCAAAUGCGAGUUUUUAAAACAUUGUUAAUACAAAUUAAACAAA